AUGUACCCAUCUGUGCCCUCGUCUUCGCCCGCUUUGAUUUCGCUCACUGGCUUCCCAGCCAACCUUGAUCCUUAUCCAUCCCUUCUCAACCUCGACUCGCCUGCUCGUGGCAUUUCCAAGGUGUCGACACACUCAGUGCUUUCUCCUUUCGCCUUGGCCUUCGACUUCUCGGCCAGCGAGGUGACUUGGCUAGGGGUUCCGGGUCCGUCCUGA